ACUUCGACGUCUGCUACUUGAGAAUGGUACAUGCCAUGAACUAUAGUUUCUCAUUGGACAGUGAACUCUCUAUUUGUGUUCCUAUUCGACGACCCACGUGCAUUACAUAGUACAAGAUAGCACUGGCCUAUCAGAAACACUAGUAAGCAAAAAGGUGCAGUCAACCGGCUCGARGUUUAUAAUCGAGCAAUUACUCUUGGCUGUUGAAGCGGGACACUCUUUAUCUAGCAGAUCGAUACAAGAGGAACGGAGCUGAUAAGAGAGCUAUGAAACGCGCAUAUGUAGACAGCGACCAAGAAGAUGCGGGCUCAGAAAGGUACAUCGACAAUGAAGAAGAGGAGAGUAAAGCGAGGAAGAAACGCAGAGGACUGAUCGAAAAGAAAAGAAGGGAUCGUAUCAACAGAUGUUUAACUGAGCUUCGACGGCUUGUUCCCGCAGCAGUUGAUAAACAGGGCUCGGCCAAACUGGAAAAGGCAGAAAUACUACAAUUAACAGUGGAACACUUGAGGAAUCUCAGAAACAUUGCAAAGCAAGAAACAGUUUUGAACACUGCUGAUUUUCGYUCUGUUGGAUUUCGAGAGUGUCUCAACGAGGUUACAACCUAUCUUCACAACUUUCAAGAUCCUAACUACAAAGACGAACACAAGGGACAACUGCUGACCAAUCUUAACGCCAUCAUAUCUCAUGGCCCAUCUCAUGGUUCUCCUCAUGUAUGCCCACCGGUUCAGGCUAUGUGGCCACAUCCACGAGGCCUUGGGACUUCAGAAACUCCUCGCUACGAUAGAACGCUUCUCCCAUUCAAUACGAUCAAACAACAGAAUCUAAUCACGGAGAAGUCGGCCACAAUGCAUAUAACUGGAGUCACAUUGGCGCCAGAGCAAAACCUUAAACAAAUACCGUCACAUUGCGCUCUUUUCCCCAUCGAUACUGCAAUGCGAAUUGUACAAUUUCCGUACGUUCCCCGUUGACUGAGCGGAAACGCGCGCGAUUUUACGAUGAUCUGACGUACGUAACAUCUAAUAAGAAACAUAAUGACACCGCAAGACUAUACUUCAGCUAAACUCAAAUAUUCAACCUCAAAGAAUGAUUAUUGACGAAUAAUAUACUACAAAUUUGGUACACUAGAAUGCGUAUCAGUUCCGAUUUAGCGCGAAAAGUAACAAGUAUAACGUUUUUCACAUCGGAACAUUACGCGAAUGAUCACUGCAAACAUUAGCUACACAUAAUAAGCUACCUUUCUGAUGACUUUAAUCUGACUCAAGCAAACUGGAUUUGCAUUGGAAGCACUGCACUAAAAUAACAAAAAUAUAGAUAUCAGAUAUAUAUUAUGCACGGAGGCACAUAUUAUUUAUAAAGUAUUAUAGCAAUAAAUUUUKAAUGUUAUUGUUGGGUACUUCA